AUGACCGAAAGCAGCGUCGCGACGAGCUACGAAGAGCUCAACUGCUACCACUUGCUUGAAACCGUGGUCCAAUUCGAGGACGGCUCCGAGGUCUUCCAGCCCACGCUCAAAGAAUCCGAGCUCUUCCGCCUCCUCCGCGCACUUGGCGUCGUGGACGCCGAGGCGGCGCUGCCGGAGGGCCAGCUCGGCCGCUUCGUCAACGCGUGCCUCAACAGCGUCAAGAUUAAGCGGACAUGCGAAAAGUACAGAAGCGUUGACGUGGUUGCAUGCUACGGCAAGCAAGCAGCGGUCGAAGCGGACCUGCGCGCGCAAGGCUGGUGGCCGACGCGCCUCGAAACGUACUUGCAUGCGCACCACGAAGGCGUGUAUGCGAUGCUACUUCCCGAAGCGAGCGACCGUCCCAAGCUCGUGCUCUUUACGUGGCUCCUCGACCCGUCGUUUUCGCCACAGCGCCUGCGCGAGCGGGCGACUUACGCGCUGCGGUUUCUGACGCUAUUGACGCCAAUCGUGCGCUGCUGCAUCGGUGAUGCGGAAUGGGAUGUGCUCGAGCGCGCCGACGACGAGGCGCGCGCCGGGUCGUCUCGAAAGAAGCAUGCGGUCAAGUUUCACGUCCGGACGUCCAAGGACCUGGCGGAACGCAUCUCGUGCGACGUCGCUUCGGCGCCAACAACGGUGACGCCGGGCGACAUGCUCGUGGCGGCGACGGAGGUGGCGGGGGUGACGAUGCACCUCUCGCACGACCACGACAUUCGCCAAACGUCCGGAUCGAUCUCGGUCGCGUCGCCCGCCGCCUUUGCAACGUGGCUCUUGGAGGCGACGACGACGCACCGUCUCCAGAUCCGAGUGCAGCUUCCGCGCAAUUGCAAGCGCGCGGUGCUCGAAGCGAUGAACUUGCUGCCGACGAUGCAGCUUUCGAGCACGACGAAGGAAAGUCUCCUGGGCGACCUGCGCGUGCACGCCAAGGCAGAGGCAGCCGCGCAGCUCGCGGCGAUCGAGAAUCACGUCGUCCAAGCUGGCGCCAAACGCCUCUGCGUGCACGGUGCCAUGACGGCGGCGGACGAAGCGGACGCGCACAAGGCGCUGCUGACGCAGAAAAGGGCACUGGCGCUCUCGCUCGUAGACGUGGUCGACCUUCCGACCACGUUUCAGCCGCCCGUUGCCGACCUUGUCAACGCCGAGUACGCGCGCCUUCUUGACGAAGAUCCGGACGUCCUCGCAGCCGCCAAGCGAACGUCGUCGUCGCUGUUGACCGACAUGGCUACAUCGGCCAGUCUCGAGUUUCCGUUCCUCGCGAAGCACAAGGUCGAGAUGGAGCUGGUCUUGCUGCGCUCCGAGAGCCUCCUUCGCGACAACUACGACGCGUGGUGUCAAGAGAUGCGCGCGUUCCUCCACAGCGAGCCAGUCGUUGCCAGUACGACGAACCAAUGCUUCAACGCGCUGGUCGGUAAAGUCCAUUGGAAGACCACGUUGCGGUGUGCGAAGGAAGCCAUCGUUCACGAAGCAUUUGUCGCUGCCAUCACGGCGGCGAACGCAAAGCACGCGCCAACGGAUCUGCUCUGCGUCCAUCUCAACGACAUCAGUAGCGACAGCCACGUCCACUUCCAAAAAGAGUACUACGUUGCGGGGGGCGCGACGCAGCUGACGCUGACGCCGGUCAGUGACGCAUCGCUUGGCAGCCUCAAGCUGCCGCGGGACGCACACGUGGUCGACGCCGCCUUCGUGGCGGGACCGCGCACGUUUGUCAUCGUCGUCUUUACGCGGCACGACAAGACCCAUGUGCAGUCGUACGAGGCCAACGGCGCGCGGCCCAUGACGCGACUCGUGGCCAGAGAAUUUCCGACGCUCGUCGAGCGCUGCGAUUUUGACGCGGCGCGUCGCCUCUUGGCGCUCCAGCACACGGCCACAAAGGUCGACAUCUUUGCCUUUAACGAGUCGUUCAAGGUCGUGGAGCGGGCGCAUCAGUUCGACUUGCUUCUUUUAAGUCCUAGCGCGCCGUACGCUGCCUUUCAUUUGCUUGGUGGCGACAACCCUGGUAUCUUCGUCGUCGGGGACGACGGCUGUGCCCACGCGUACCACUUGGGCACGCAUCAGCAAUCCAAGCUCGUACCGGCCUUUGCGACGCCAGAGACAAAGGUCGUCAAGCUCCAAAACGGCGCGUUCAUGGUGUGCAUCGAGCCGCUGGACAACGAGAAUGACGGCGAGUGUGGUCGUCGUCUUCGCCUCCGUGCGUUCGAGAUUCCGACCCACGCGGCGCUGCCUUUGGUCACCGAGGUCGCGCUGCCGAUGCCGCUCCAGUGGUCGACUGUCCAAGCCCGCGCAUCUGACGACACGAUCGUGCUUCUUGACCAGAGCUCAGGUGCCAUGAUGGUUCUCAAGAUGAAAAUCGUGAUCGGCAAGCUCGGGUUCGAAGUCUGUCCAGCGGCGCCCGUGACAGCCAGCGAAAGCCACGUGCUCGCGCCGCUUUGUCACGUCUUUGAGAAGUUUCCUGUCCAAGCGGCCAUGACACAACACGGCGACGACCGCAAUCGCACGGGGGACGAGGCGGCGGUCGGGGGACGAGGCGGCGGUGCCUUGUUGCCGACGGCACUCCAGCUGCACGUGCAAGCGUCGUCGUCCCAGCGCCGCAAGACGGUCUCGAAAGUCGUCGAGUCGAUCAUGAGGGUACUUCGCACGCUCAACGAGAGCCUCGCGUCGCUCUCCCUGGCCAACAACUUGGUCGUGAACGGAGAAUUGGCGUGGGCAACGAUGGCGCUUGGGCGCUGGGUCCUCGAGCUUGUUGGGUCUGUGGCCGUACCCAUCUGUCGCUUGCGCGACAACGAGCUCGAGCUAUUGCGCAAUGGCAACGUGGUCACGCUGAGUCAGUACGCCGAGGUCCAUCAGAUGGUACCGCAGAUCCUUUUCGGGCCGUCGAGCUACAUUCUCAAGGCGUGGUCCGGCCCGAUUGUCGUCAUCACGUCCAUGGGAAAGCCGUCGACGGGCAAGUCGUACUUUCUCAACCACCUCACUGGCAGCUCGUUUGCGGUCUCGGGUGGGCGCUGCACGGACGGCGUCUGGCUCGCGCUACGCCCGUACCGUGAUGCGCUUGUGGUCGUCCUCGACUUCGAGGGCCUCAGGUCGUCUGAGCGCAGCACACAAGAAGAUACGCUCCUCUCGGUCCUCAACGCGGCUAUUUCGCAGCUCACGAUCUUUCGCAUCGACAUGCGAUUUGGCAAGGACAUUGACGCAAUGUUUUCCAAUUUUCAGAAGGGCAUCUCGAUGCUCAAGGGCGAUAACCGACUUUUCAGCGGUCAGCUCUACAUCAACGCCAAGGACAUGAACCCCGACGACGCCGUAUCGGUCAUGGACGCGUUCACAACCAAGCUCGCGCGUCUCCUGACCGACAUUCCAGCCGUCACUGUCAUGUACGGGGAAGACAUUCUGGUCACGGAUUCCGCACCGCCCAACCGUAUCGGCAACUACGACGGCAGCUACUGCUACGGUCUAGCCCAAGCCUCGAUAUGCUUGGCCGAAGCGCGGGACAGAAUGACGUUUUCAAGCGGCGCCGACUUUCACGAGUUUCUUGCCCUUGUCCUUGCCAAGCUCGUUCGGCGCGAUUGGACGUCAAUGGACGACAACAUCGCAGCAGGCAAGACGGUGUGGCUGCGCGAGCAGCUUCGCUUCGCGCUAUGCAACGGCAAGCUCGAUGCAGCCAGCACAAUGGCAUCGCCAGAGAUUUGGGCUGCCGACGACGAGACGAUGGUGGCUCAGCGCCAAGCGAUGGGCCUGGCCAACAUGGUCGUGCCCCGCGAUACCGAGAUCGACUUCGGUCUGGCGUUGGAUGGCCCGACAGACUCGUUGGCCAACCUCUCAGUGGUCAAGGCGACGCUCCUCCAUAACAUGGGACGGUACGCCCGGAGACGCCGCGAUGAUGAUCCUCUCAUCACGGCGCCGCGUCGCGUCGACCACGAAGUGCCGUUUGAUGUGCUUUGGAAGUACAUUUUGUGGCGCCGUGAGCACCGUGUCCGCGCCUGGUUCGAGUCGCUCGGUGGCGCAAGCCGCCAAUUGCUGCAAGACGACUUGAACAAUUGCGUCGAAACAUUCAAGCAGCUUCUCCGUCGAUGCGAGCACACGUGCAGCACGUGCAAGCUUGGGUGUUUCGAGUCGUUCGUACAUGGCCAUGCCGUGCCCCACGAUUGCGGCGGGAGCCACCGCUGCGAAGGACGCUGUGCCCACUGUAAGGACGACGAGCCCUGCGGCGCCCACGCGGGCCACGCGGGUGCGUGCAACUGCGGUCAGAUGAGCCACACGUGCUCGCAAGUGUGCCACCUCGCUGCCGCCCGCAACUGCGACGGCAACUGCCACCUCAACGUCGACCACAGUGGGCCGCAUGUCUGCAGUGUUUCGGAGCACCUCUGCCCCGAGAAAUGCGAAGCCGAGAACUGCCGAAACGCGUGCAACCACGGACUUGGUGUCGCACACGUGACGCACUCGUGCGGCGAGCGUCGCUGCCAGCAACGCUGCAGCUACGUCGGCUGCACUGCCACUUGCGCCACGGACGACCACUUCCACGCUAUCAACGCCCUGCACUCUUGCGGCAUCGAGCACACGUGCCAUGCCGAGUGCUCAGCCAGCGGCGUUUGCGAGCUCAAGGUCCAGCAGGAGACGAUGACGGCGCAGGUUGACGGCGCCAGCGUCACGAGUUAUCACCAAGCUAACAACGCGUUUCGGAAAAAGUGCAACGUCAAGAUCCAAGUCAACUGUGUCGAGCAUAAUGGCAAGCCCCAUCGCUGUGACGCCAACGUGCACACGUGCGACGCGCGCUGCCCGCGCUGCAACUACUACUGCACAAAAGCGUACGGACACGAGGGUGCGCACGCAACGACGCAUGGCACCAUGGCCUUAGCCAUGGAUGGAUGUCGCUCAAGCGGAGCUCGAGACUGGCGGCAAGGUGUCGCCGAGACAUGUCCGUUCUUUUGCUCCAAGCUCGGUCGCGGCCAUGUCCACUACGUCCCAUGCUCGCACACAUCGGUUGACGCGUGCACGUAUGCGGCCAUGGACGGCCACCGGCACAGCAAGAUGACGCUUGCCUCCAACCCGACGCAGCCCAUGGACGAAGUGCUCCAUGACACGUACUGGACGACGCUGGGGUGGGAAGACCCAGUCUCGAGCGCGCUCGAGCGCGAUCACUUUGGCUUGUGCUCGUACGAGUGCGAGGCGCCCAAACACAAGGCAAACUACGGUGGCAAGUCGCACUGUGUCUUGGGUGCGCGGCACGAGCCAGUGGUCGACGUGACGACCUUGGCGUCGACUCAAUCGCUUGUCCAAGGUCACGUCUUCAACUGCCAGCACGUUGCCGCAAAGGGUCUGCACCACCACGUCUUCGUGCUUGAUGCGUCCAGGUCCAUGAGUGGAGAGCCGUGGACGGCGCUCACGGCGGCCUUCCACGCGUACCUCGCGCAGCAAAGCCAAAGCUGCGCCGACAUUGUCUCGGUCGUCACGUUCGAUCGUACUGCCCGCAUCGUGCACGAGCGCAAGUCGCUCGUCGAAAUGACCGACACGUUGUUGCCAUUCGCGUGUGGCAUCUCAACCGACUACGACGCGGGCCUGCGCAGCGCCAACGACGUGCUCUCGCGCAACGACCACGCGACGUACACGCCCCACAUCGCCAAGACGUACAACAUCUAUAGGCUCCAGAGCUCGUGCGUCGGCUUUGGGGACAGCAAGGCUGGGCCCUUGAAGACUCUCGCAUCGCACCUUGGCGGCACGUUCACGAAGGCGCAGUCGGACUCUGACUUGCUCGCGGCAUUCAAGAAGAUCUCUGUCGCCGUCCACAAUAACGCAGGGCAGAUGAUGGCCAAGACGGCGACGACGGAACCGGUGUAG